CGCGGGGGCUGCCGGGAGGGGGCUCCCAUGGUGCCCCGCGGCGGCGGUGGCGGCGGGAGGAGGGCGGCAGGAUGCGGCUGUCGGCGGCGGCCGCCAUCUCGCACGGGCGCGUGUACCGGCGGCUGGGCCUGGGCCCCCGCUCGCGCCUCGACCUGCUGCGCAACCUGGUGACGGCGCUGGUGCGGCACGAGCGGAUCGAGGCGCCGUGGGCGCGCGCCGACGAGAUGCGGGGCUACGCGGAGCGGCUCAUCGACUACGCCAAGCUGGGGGACACCAACGAGAGGGCCAUGCGCAUGGCGGACUUCUGGCUGACGGAGAAGGACCUCAUCCACAAGCUGUUCAAGGUGCUGGCGCCGCGCUUCCAGCCGCACCCCGGCAAGUACACCCGCCUGCUGCAGAUCCCCAACCGGGACAGCCUUGACCGUGCCAAGAUGGCAGUCAUCGAGCUGAAGGGGAACCCCUUCCCGCCACUCAUCCGCCCGCGCUGCAACACCGAGAAGACGCUGCUCAACCAGCUCCUGAAGGGCUACCGGGAGGACGUGCAGCGGGCCGCAGCCCCGCAGGCCCCCGAGGGCACCGCUGUGCCUGCCACUGCUGAGACAGCUGGAAACUUGGUUUGCAAGUCCGACUUCCGCUGACACAUCUGCAAGGCAGAAGAAGGAAGACUUACACUGAGAAGCCCUCCCUGGCUCUGCGUGUGGCCAAACACUUUAUCCACAGUGCACUCCUGAAGUGGGUAAACAGCCUGGCAUGUGAAUUUGUUUGAGUUCAACAGGUGCAGCGGAUGGCAUGGCUUUGUCGCAAUAAAGAUAUCAGAAAAAAGGAAGAACAUCCUGCGCUUCAGUUCUUCUCCCUUUGAAGGCACCACCAAAAGCCAGCCUUCCCGGAUAUACCAGCGCCCUGAGCAUGC